CAGCAAGGGGGAGAAACGAAGCGGGCGGACUGAGGAUUCGAACCGGGUGUUCGAUCCUCCAGGGCCAUAGAGAGGGCAGGAGAGAGCGGCCGGGCGGCUUCCCGCCGGCAGCGGCGGUUCCCAUGGAGAUGGAAGAUGGCGGCGAGGAGCCGCCAGCGCUCCUCGGCCCCGCUGCAGGUCCUGCUCUUCCUCAACGGGUGGUACAGCGCGACCUACUUCCUGCUGGAGGCGUUCAUCUUCGCCUACAAGGUGCUGCUGCUGCCGUACCCGCUCACCAACCUGCUGCUGGACGUGCUGCUGCUGCUGCUCUACCUCGGCGUUGAGACCACGCGCAUCUUCUUCGGUUCCAAGGGCAACCUGUGCCAGCGCAAGGUGCCUCUGGCCGUCUGCUUGGCCCUCACCGUGCCGGCGGCUGUCAUGGCGACCUACUGCCUGCUGCUGCAGACCUACGCCCUGCGCCUGGAGGCCAUCCUCAGCACCAUCCUCCUGCUCUUCUACGCAGCGGAGCUGCUGCUGGGUGGCCUGGCGCUCACCUCCUUCUCUAGCACAGAUGUGUACUGAGACCCUGCAACAGAGGACCACAGCAGCACAGGUACACGAGAUGGCAGCAAGCAGGUGGCACUGGCUACAUCUCCCAGCCUGUGGCAGUGAGCCAGACCCACGCCAGCACCUGUGGCCAGUGCCAGGAGGGUGCUUCUCCCUGCCUUCCCAGGCAGCGCUGGCCCUGCUGCCACCUGACCCCAAGGCUUGUGACACACAGGUCAGUUCAAGGUACAGAGAAAUUCUUUUUUUUUUUUUUUUUUUACAGCAUUGUCAGAAGAAAUCACUAUUUUCCAAUAAAUAUGUAUUUUUACCUGGUGCCUCAGUCUAUGGCAUCCUCCAGGGCAGCAGGCUGGCCAUAGGGUGCUCAGAGGCUUCAGGCACCUCAUUACCAGUGCCAACCCCUGCCCUGAGCUAACCUGGGGGGGCACAGAAGCUCUUGGGAAGGCCCUGGAAGACUUUGGGUGGGGAGAUCAUGUAGGUGCUUGGCUUUUGCUGCCCAUCCCUCAAAUGUGGCUGCACUCCCCUACGACGCCCACACCUUCAUCCCUGACAGAAUCUCUUCAAAAAUGCCAUAUAAAAGACUGACAAUGUCAUCAAGUUUAUUACACAAUUUCCAACCUAUCAGAAAGACAAACAAACCUAGUCACUGUGGGCAGGAGGGGCAGCGCCUCGCCAGGUGGUUAACAGGGGUUCGCUCUGCACUUUUCCCCCCACUAAUUGGAAAGAAACUAUAAACUUGUGUCGUUAAGUAGAAAAAAAAACAACAAAAAAACAAAAA